AUGCAGCAGCCUAACGCUCCCCAACCGGGUCGGACAGCCGCGCCACUUCAGACAACCAUACCCCUCGGUCCCGAUGAGACUCCUAUAACGUCGCACCAUACUCCCACCCCUCCCUCAGAUCGAUUGACGCCGAGAAAUGUCUCCUCCCACGCUGUCGCCGGUAUGCACAGUAGGGACUCAUCUGUUUCGGGUCCUAGGGGAAGACCUCUCGAUACAUCCGGUCGCGGUCUGACGACGCUUCAACCACAAUCACGCAGUCGCGGCCAAUCUCAAUCCAAAAGUCCUGAAUCCAAUGCCGGUCGUUCAGACGGUGUUAUCGAGCGCAAACCUUCUCUAUCCUCUUACGGCCAUCAUCGCAAAACAUCGAUUGUCCAUGGCAUCCAACAUUCGCGCAGCCCAAGCUAUACACCGACGUCCGCGGGCCCUUUAAGCCCGGAAAUUAUUGCGUCUGCAGGAUCAGGUAGCAUGGCCGGUAUAUCUCUGGGAUCAGAGCACAUGUUUACCAACCGUGCCGAAGACUCAGAGCCCAUCUUGAAAUUCCCAGCCAAUGGAAAUAAUGGCCCAGCGCCUCCGGCCAGCGGUCUUAGUACCAUUCAAGAUGACGAUGAACUCUUGACGCUGGGACAGACGGUGACGAGAAGCAGCAGCUCUAUCCACAAGAAGAUGCCGUCAAAUAGUAAGCUGCGACGAGAGCAUUCACACAGUCGCGCACACUCGAAACAUCAUCAAGAAGCGAAAACGGUUGGCGAAUAUGCUCUGCAUCAUCUCUUUAAUUCUUUCGUCGCCUACGCGGACAACAAAAUCAACCAAAGCAUCGUCAAAGUCGGCGAAGUCGAGACACCGGUAGAAGAGGUCUGCGGGGAAGGUGCAGAUCCUGUUUUCGACCAGCUCAUUUCUGCUUUGGGACACAUCGCGCGCAGCAAACCAAAACCUCUGAUUGAUACUAUUAUGCUAUGGCGGAGGGCCAAAGGCGAAGCCGCUACUUUAGCCAAGAAUCCUCAGAAACUGCAAAGCACCGAAAAUGGACCGCUUCUUCGUCGAAACACAGAGCCCAUUCAACCAGCGACCUCGGAGUCGGAUCUGGGUUCAGAGAACGCCCCGCCGGCUUCUAUACAGAAGGAUGGGGUUCAACUACUCGAGCGUCGAGCAACUGUUUCGGUAUACCUCGUGUGUCGGGUGUUGAUUGAGAUAUUCAACCAAAGUACUGUCGAGGCGAUCGGCACUGAAAUGACAGAGCGCCUGGAAGAUAUCGUCUUCGGGCAACUGAAGGCGGUUGAUCCGGAACAAAUAGCAGCCUCGCCGCUACGUAUGGCAAAUUGGAGAAUUUACGGCCAACUGCUGGGAAAGAUGAGUGAGAUCAAUUUCACUAGUGUCACGACGCGCUUCAUCAAUGAGCUUGAACGGUAUCAGAAAGAUGCUGCCAUGCGAGGUCAGACGAGAGAGCUUGAUGCGAAGGCAGAAUUGUUGAUCUUGGGCAUGCGGCAUUUCAGUAUCAAAACAUAUCCUGAAGAGGCGUGGAUCAGGUCGUGCGAAUACAUGAGGUCCUUGGCCCGACUGUUUGUCAACGCCCACGGGCAGCGAGUCAAACAAGCCUAUUGCUAUAUCAUUGAGAAAGUUCUGAUCUCUAUUGCCGCCAAUCCCGCAUGCGACGUGGGCCAUCCGCUGUGGAAGGACUUUUUGGAAAUAAUAAGUCCACGGCUUUUACAGAUGAUUGCGAAACCCCGGCAUUGGAUGACUGCGUUCCCCUUGCAAACAAUCUUGCUCUGUGUUUCUUCCAAGGAUGCCUUCGCUAAUCAGUGGCUUUCCAUUGCACUGAAUUUGCCGGCACGUCUCAGAGAUCGGCCGACUCGAGGUCUGGCACUUCAAGCUCUAUGUCGAUUGUUAUGGACAUAUCUUUUUCGAUACCCAGACUCCCCUAAUAUCACCCUCAAACGAGUCGACGAAGUCAUUCGAGUUGCGCUGCCGCCAGGAAGGAGGACCUACCUUACAACAGAGCCCUCCGUGGCUGAUCCUUUGAUCCAGCUGAUUCGAAUGAUAGGAUUCAAGCUCCCAGAUCUAUGUUUCCGCAACAUUAUAUUUCCUCUUAUAAACUCAGAUCUUUUCCUUUCAGGAAGAGAACUGAAAAUAGAACAAAUGGAGCCAGAGAAAAUGGUGGUAGGAAUUCGAUCAUUUCUUUCAAUCAUGUGCGAUCUUGAAAAUGGCGACCAAUUAUACCCGCCUUUUCCAGCUGGUCCUAUUUCCACCCACUUUGUCGAUAUUCCCAAUUUCUUACUUCCACCUCGGCCACAACUCCUAGCAGAUCCGAAACCUCGCGCAGUCGUCUCGGACCCUUCAAACUUAUCAUGCCCAGUCGAUGUUUCCAAACUCAACGAAGUAGCAAAGGACUACUACGUGCAAUUUUGUGAGAUCUUAGGUAAAAUUACCAUUCUGUGCGACAAUACCUUUGGUGGACAAGCAGCUCUUGAUGAAAAAUUCAGCGGCUCUACACCCAAGACUCCCAUAUCGGAAGCUUUUAGUUUCGGUAGACGCGAUGACCAUGCGAGCCUCGUUGAACAAAGGCAAAGCUUCUACGAUCUCCUUCAUGUUGCUGUCCAAGUACUUCCUAGAUGCUUGUCCGACCAUAUACCCUUCAACUCUCUUAUCAACCUUCUUUGCACAGGAACGGCACACGUGCAGCCCAAUAUAGCCAGAUCCUCGGCAGAGUCUCUGAAAUCAAUAGCACGGCAGAUGCAUGCUCAGCAGGUCACUAUCGGAUUUGCACGUUUCAUAUUCAACUUUGAUGCCCGGUAUUCGACUAUGUCGGAUGAAGGAAUGCUUGGACCGGGUCAUAUCGAAUCUACUUUGACGUUAUAUGUUGAGCUUUUACAUAUUUGGAUUGAAGAAAUCCAGCAGAAGACAAAAGAUAUCGCAACUGACCAGGCGGAAAAUAGUGCUAGCUCCGGUACCCGGGCUUUGCAACUCGAUCUUUCUAGCGUACUAGCCUACGUCGAGGAGAUUGAAGCACACGGUAUUUUCUUCUUGUGCUCCCAGUCUCGCAGGGUCCGCCGCUUUGCUAUCUCCGUGCUUCGACUCGUCACAGAGUUUGACAGUGCGCUCGGCAAGGAAAACACUAGGAUAAUUCGAAUCCUUGAAGCAGAUUCGCAUCAUAUUAUGGACCUCAACGACGAACACUUGACAGUCGCAGAGCGAAGUCGUCUGCAAAAAGGGAAGCGAAGAAGCACUUCACAAAACACGCUGAUCGAACUGUGUAGUAGCGAUGUUUCUUACGAUUCCAGCCUGUGGGUCAAGGUGUUUCCAAAUAUCAUUCGUGUCAGUUUCGAUACGUGUCCUGUUGCAGUCACGCUCGCUCGAGAAAUCGUGUGCGCUAGGCUUGUACAGAUGCACAGAAACAUAACUGCUUUAGCAGAGAGCCAACGACUGCAGCAAUAUGCAACUUUUGACAUGGCACAAGGACGAUCUUUAGGCCGAGCUAGAUCGCCGGCGGAGAUCAUGAUCGAGCAAUGGAAACUUUAUCUUUUGAUGGCUUGUACCACGCUGAGCAACGUUGGGGCCCAAUCUCAGAGCCAACUAGCGAAUGCAGAACACGCACGCAGAACGUCCAAAGGAACCCAGACCGCACAGGACAAAAUCGGUUCCGCUCGAGCCCUUUUUGCAUUUGUGAUCCCGUUACUCUCUGCUUCACUUGAUUCGAUAAGAGAAGCCAUUGUUGCAGCACUGGGCUCGAUCAACAAGGCUUUAUAUAGGACUCUUCUUGAAUCUUUGCAAUAUGCAGUGACGACAUGCAACGAAGAGGCAAAACUGCGCAUCGGCACUCAUAAUCGCACUCCAAGCAGUCCUCGUCGCAGUCGCAAGACAGAUCGGCUACGAACUGAGGUCACCCAUGUGUAUAAACUUACGUCUACUUUUCUCAGAGAAGCGGAAAUAUUCAAUGACGAUUGGAUCGUCAAUAAUUUGGUAACUUAUUCAAAAGACCUGCGCCUAUUUCUUAGCGACGCGGAAGUACAGAAUGACUGGGAGUUUCAACGCCUGCGUUAUCAUUACUGCGGACUGAUGGAAGAGCUUUUUGAAGGUAUCAACCGUACUAAAGAACCAUCUCGCUGGAUGCCAUUCGAGUCUCGGAAGUCUGCUUUUUCCUUGAUGGAAGGCUGGUGCGGUUACUCGCCAAGUCAGGCCCAAAUUGCUCAAAGAGAAGACAGUAUGAGACGAUUUGCCAUUGCGCAACACAACGACCCAAAUGAUUUGAGAAACCCGGCAGCCUUGAUAGAAAUUGAGAAGAAGAACCUCCAAUCUGCGGCGCUGAGCGCAAUGUCGUCGUUAUGUGCUGGACCAAUAAGCACGACGACAGAAGGCGGGUCAAUUCUUCAAUUCGAUGUGGGCCGAAUGCUGGUCUGGAUCGGCAGUAUCUUCGAGACCGUCAGUGACAAGCUGCAUGCUAUUGGUCGACGGGCGUUGAAAAACCUCAUUACUCAUAACAAAGAGUAUCCGUUUCUACUCGAACGCAUGAUAGAUCUGUGCUACGGUGUUGACCGAGACAGGCGUCUUGGGGACAAGGCUCUUGAAAGCUAUUUCGAAGUUGUCAAUCAAGUCCUUAUAGAGGAAACUGACUAUGCAGUGGCAUUCUGGAGAAUAGUUGCGGUUGUCAUGUACAUGCUGGGCAAUGAGAAGAGGGAUAUUCGCAUGAAGGCAGUAAAGCUUAUCCGCAUUCUGGAAGAACGCCAGCAGAAGAAUUCUCGGCUCCAAGAUUUCGAUAUCAGUCUUUCUGAUAAGACGACAGCGGUCUACAAACUCGCUCAAUUUGAGAUUUCGAAGCGGCUCGCAUCGCAAUAUUCUGAUAUUGGCUUUCUCAUAUUCUCCGAAUUUUCAAGGCAUUUCACCCAAACCAUGUCAACUGAUGACCAACGAAACGUCGUGACAGCGAUCCUGCCUUGGGUUCAAGCAAUGGAGCUGCAGGUCGACCCUAAUCAACAACCUACUCCGCGGUCGUAUAUGCUUCUCGUCAAUAUGCUUGAGAUCACUAUCAUCCGAUGCAAACUCCUCCCUAACGAAGUGCAAGCUCUUUGGCAGUCACUGGCUACCGGGCCUCAUGGAGGAAAUGUCCAAGUUAUCCUUGAUUUCAUCAUCAAUCUGUGUUUGGAACGGAAAGAACAGAAUUUUGUUGAAUAUGCUAAGCAAAUUGUUGUGUUCUUGUCUUCCACUCCGGCAGGCUCCAAAGUUAUUGAAUUCUUCUUGCUCCACGUCGCACCAAAGUAUAUGAUACAAGAGCGGAAAGAUGAGGUUGAAUCAACGCCAGAUUGCCGAGGACUACCCUACGUCGCUAACCUGAAUGAGAUUUUACCAAUUGGUAAUAAGCAGGCUGGCUUAUCGAUGGGACAGCUUUCGAUGAUCUUCCUGGUGGAUUUGAUCGUUGGCCCUGUUAAUCUGGCCGUACAAGAUGUGAUCAAGCUUUUACACGUUGUCCUAAUCUUAUGGGAUCAUUACACCUUCACGGUGCAGGAGCAGGCUCGGGAAAUGCUCGUUCACCUCAUUCACGAGCUCGUCUCUUCUAAGCUUCUGGAUGAGGUAUCCACCGAAGCACGACAAGCCAUUGAGCAUUUUGUCGACUCAAUCCGUAAGAGCGAUGCAUCGGUCAUCUGGGAAUACGAGGAUAACCAUGGUAAAGAUGAAGACGAUGGUACUCGCGUUCCACCUGCUAUGACUUUCGUGACGCGACAGGUUGUGCAAUUCUUGAACCUCGUUCACGAGGAUAUUAGUGAUCACUGGUCCAAGGAAGCUUUGAAUUGGGCCACAUCGUGUCCUGUCCGCCAUCUAGCUUGCCGCUCUUUCCAGCUUUUCCGAUGCAUUUCGAAAUCUUUGGAUUCAAAGAUGCUGGCAGAUAUGCUCGCGCGGCUGUCCAAUACAAUAGCCGAUGAGGAAACGGACUAUCAGACGUUUUCCAUGGAGAUACUCACCACCUUAAAGGUCAUAAUCAAAUCGUUGGCACCAGCUGAUCUAAUGCAAUAUCCUCAGCUCUUCUGGACUACGUGUGCUUGUUUGAACACUAUACACGAGGUUGAGUUCAUGGAAAGUAUUGGAAUGCUUGAGAAACUGCUCGAUAAAAUUGACAUGGGUGAUCCCAACGUCGUGGCUACAUUAAGUGGCGCGCAGCCUCCUCGAUGGGAGGGAGCAUUUACUGGCAUUCAGGACCUAGUUUACAAGGGUCUGAAGUCUUCAGAAUCUUUUAACGAAACUUUGAGUCUGCUGCACCGACUCACGCCUCUGCCGGAUAAUGUACUUGUGGGCGAGAGUAAUCGUUUACUAUUCACGAUUCUGGCCAAUAUACCGCAUUUUCUUCAUCAGUUCGAUGCAGGAUCAAAUGAUCCGAAGAUUAUGGAGAGAGCGAAUCUAUUAGGUCAAGUAGCUGAUCGACAAGGCUAUGAACGACUAGCUGCCUGUUUGGUAGGCUUUGCUAACGCGCAGUGGAAAAAGGAACAAGACUUUCUCCAGCAUAUCAUUUCAGAAAUAUGCUCGUACUACUUCCCUGCGCAGGAGGUACAGAGUCUAGUGUUCGUGAUGGGCUGCUUGACGAAUGCUACGCAGUGGUUUCGAGUCAAGACACUGAGUAUUUUGAGUGUCUUGAUUCCAGAGAUGGACAUGCGACGAACCGAGAUUACUUCGCAUGGUCCAGACUUGAUUUCUCCCCUUUUGAGAUUGCUCCAGACGGAGUUAUGCCCUCAAGCACUUGAAGUCAUGGAUCAUAUCAUGACUGUUUCAGGUAAUCCAAUGGAAAAACAUCACUUGCGAAUGAGUAUGGCGUCGUCGUCAUCUUCUCGGGCAAUUAGGAAGCAAUACGAGCGGAUACAGAGCCUGUACGGUAUCCCAGAACCUACAGGAUGGUCUAUUCCUAUACCAGCUGCACAGUCAGCUACUACACGUCACAAUGUCCACGCCGUGUUUUAUACUUGCGCAGAAGCUGAUCGUAUGGAAGCGCAAAGAGUGGCGACCCCGGAUGUUGAGUUUAGUACUGAGGAUUAUAGCGAGUCCUUCUACCCGUCAUCAAUGCGGACAGAUACUAUGAAGUCCAUUGACACGCAGACUGACGGGAACAUGGGUGAGAUUGUUCAGCGAUUGGACAGCCUAGAUGACUUCUUCGAUGAGGACGAUUUUGGGUUCCAAACACCGUCCAUGAAUUCUUUCUCUGAGAUGCGUGGCUAUCCUGGUAGCUUUGCAGAUACAUCGGCCAGUCUCUACGAUCAACAGACGGCACCCAUUCUUCGCAAGUCUCUUGCUCGAACACCCUCGUCGUCGUCAUUUCAUAAUGGUCUUGCUGAGACAUCACGACCACCGACUAGACUUGACGGGCUGUUUCAAAUGACUUCGCCUGCCCUUGGUCCGGCGCCUACCUCUGCACCUGGUGGCGCAUUGCGACCUGUGAUGCACAGUCGAUCUGUAACGUCACCAGCCAACCACCUGGUCAAUCACACCCCGAGUUUGUCAGCUACUAGCUUGUCGCCUCAUCCUAUCAUGGAGUCAACUUUAUUGUCCGACAGCGAAGUCGAAGAAAGCUUCUCCGACAUCGAUGAACGCGCAGGUCUACACCCGUCAACAUCACGGAGCACACAGGCAACAAGUCUCGCCCGAAAAGGCUCGGAGGGGACAUCAUCCUUGGAAUCUAUGAUACGCAGCGGCAUGCGGCGUCUCACCGGCGGCACAGCCUCAAGCCGCGAAAAGGAGCGACAGCGAGAUCUACUACGCGCUCACCAGCGCGCAGUUGCGCAGACAGCGAACUCGCCGAGGGUACCGAAGGUCCCGGCAGAGUAUCUUACGGGGUCUGUGAGUAGUCCAACGUCUCCGGGCCAGGCGGGUGCACCGGGAGGAGCAUGA